AGAGAGAGAGAGAGAGAGAGAGAGAGAACACGAAGCUUCGUCGGAGGAGGACGACGAAGACGAAGAAGAAGGGGGAGGAGGGGUAGGGUUUUGCGGUGGCGACAAUGGUGGUGGAGGGGUUGCUGCGGCCGCCGUACGAGGCGGCGGUGCGGUUGUCGUUGGCGGCGCUGGAGCGGCGGCUUCUCCCCGACGCGGUGGUGCGGCGCCUCACGCGGCUUCUCCUCGCAGCGCGCCUCCGCCUCGGCUACCUCCCCACCGCCGAUCUCCAACUCGCCCCCCUCCUCUUCAAGCAGUCUCUUGAAGAGAUGCCUAUAGCUGUGGAAACUGAUAAAGCCAAAUCCCAGCAUUAUGAGUUACCUACAUCAUUUUUUAAGCUUGUGCUUGGGAAGAAUCUCAAAUACAGUUGCUGUUACUUUCAAAACAACUCAAGCACAUUAGAGGAUGCUGAGGAUGCAAUGUUGGAGCUGUAUUGCGAGAGAGCGCAACUUAGAGAUGGUCAAACAAUUCUUGAUGUUGGAUGUGGCUGGGGUUCCCUUUCUUUGUACAUCGCAAAGAAAUAUAGGAAUUGCACCAUUACUGGGAUAUGCAAUUCGAUAACACAAAAAGCUUUUAUAGAGGAGCGGUGUAGGGAGCAUCAGCUGUCCAAUGUUGAGAUUAUUGUUGCAGAUAUUAGCAAAUUCCAAAUGGAGGCUACUUUUGAUCGAAUCUUAUCCAUAGAGAUGUUUGAGCACAUGAAGAAUUAUAAGGAGCUUCUUAAGAAGAUAUCAAUGUGGAUGAAGGAGGAUAGCCUGCUAUUUGUUCAUUACUUCUGCCACAAAACAUUUGCUUACCACUUCGAGGACAAAAAUGAAGAUGACUGGAUUACUAGAUACUUCUUCACUGGAGGGACAAUGCUAUCGGCAAGCCUCCUCCUCUAUUUUCAGGAUGAUGUUACUGUAGUCAACCAUUGGCUUGUGAAUGGAACUCAUUAUGCGAGAACAAGUGAGGAAUGGCUUAAACGGAUGGAUCAGAACAUCACGUCCGUAAGGCCGAUAUUCGAGUCCACAUACGGGAAGGAAUCAGCCACCAAGUGGAUUGCAUAUUGGCGAACAUUCUUUAUCUCCGUUGCAGAGCUCUUCCGAUACAAUAAUGGUGACGAAUGGAUGGUUGCUCUUUACUUAUUUAAGAAAAAAUAAAAUUAAGCUCCCUGCCAGUAGUGCUUUUUUCAUUGUAAUAUACCAGCUGAAGUUGAGGGGAAAACUCAGUCUUACUAAAUCGAGCAUUUGUUCUUUC